UUGGGUGACCAGCUGAGGAAAGCACAAAACCUCAGUCGGUCUUCUUUCGUAUGAUCGUGUAUUGCUCGCAGUGAUAAAGGUUUAGUGAAGGACGCCCCAGUCAAGAAUAUGCGGGUCACACUGCUGAGUGUUUGUUUGUUUUUGAGCGCAAUCUGCUGUGCUCGUGCUGGGAAGAUCAAGGGUCCCGCAUUUUGCCCACUAAGACUGCGAGAUAAAGUACAAGUAAUCCAAUGCACGUGGCAGCAUCUCUCCGCAAACCUCCAGUAUCGUCUGCAGCAGGUUAUGCAGUACAAUAACCUGAACGUCGGGUCACUGGCGAGGUUCAUCUGCUCGCCGCAAGCAACGUUUAGUUUACGUAAGGUCUUUACUAAAAAACAAAUCAAGGAAGGAAUCAAGGCAGGCACGAGGUGCAUGCGGAUUAUAAGGACUGGUCCGAAUGUGGAGUCAAACGGUUUCGAAUAAACUCGGCAAGUGUGAAAGGGCUUCAGACUCUCAUUCUUCCAUAACAUU